AUGAUUGGCUAUUUGAAAAAAGAAAAACUAAUUGAACCUGGAUGUAUGUAACUUUUUAAAAAAAAUUAAGCUGAUAAGGUUAUAGUUUCAGGCAAGAUUGAGAGAAAAAUAUUCGAGAACAUUGAAAUGGACCCUCAGGAGAAAGAGUAGCUUAAAAACUUAAAGUUAGCCCUAGUUAACUUUGCACCUUUGAGAUUACCCAAAGAGUAUUUAAAAUAAUAUUAGAAUAGAUGGUAAGAUAGUGAUUACUUAAGAAUCUUAGCUUAUUGUGAUUAUGAGAUCUUCAGCACCAUUCAAGUAAUAUAUACAGAUAUAAUAAUGAAGGUCCUGAAUGAACACCUUAGUUGGAGAAACAAGAUUAAUUUAUCACAUAUUCCAAAUGAUGUCGUGGUAUAUUUUUAUUUAAUCUAAAAGUUAAAUGGGGCAGUUUACAUACAUGGACAUGACAAGAAUUUUAGACCAAUCAUCAUAAUAAACUUAUUGAAAGCUCUAAAAGUAACAUUUGUAUGAUAUUUGUUAAGUACAAUCUUUAAGAUUUUAGAAAUGGUUUUGAUUAUUUAUUCAAUAUGCUAAUUAGAGAUGUUUUAAUAUCUUAUUAUGUUGAAUCAAUAAUAAUUUUAAUAGAUAUGGGAAAUUUAAUGCAAUUGCCUCACCUAUUAACAAAUGAAUUGAUGGAUUUUUUGAAGAGUUGUGAAUAUAAUUAUUAUGGAAGAAUUCAUAAGAUAUACAUCAUUGAAGAAAUUUAUAAUUGCUUGUUUAAUAGAUUAAUCUAAAUCUUAAAACCUGAAUCAUAAGAUAAAAUAAUCUUUCUUUAAAAAAAGGAUCUCUCUCAACUAACCAAUUAAAUAGAACAAAAUCAGUUAGAAACUAAAUUUUUGGGUUUCUAAAAUGAAGUUUAAACUAAUUUUUGGUAAACAGAUCAAAUUUUAAUUUAGGCCUCCAAAAAAUCUUUCACCAGAGAAAAUUGUGAAAAAGGAUCGAAAAGAAGAAGUCAAGACAAUUUUAAGUAACACAGACGAAAAUGGCUCUAAAUCUUAAAGAAUCCUCUAAAGAAAUCGAAAUGAAAGUAUUCAAAGUAGCUAACUUUUUCUCUAAGUUUACAAUGAGGAACAAGAAGUUGUUUUAUCAGAGAGCCAUUUAAUAGAAUAUGCUGAUUCUUUUAGCAACAUAGUUGAAGAUGUAAAAUAUACCAAUUUAACUUUCAAGCCUCCAGAUUCUCAGUUUUAAAUUUCUUACCAGAAUUAUUACAAAGGUAUCGAUUCUACUCCAUUACAAUCAACGACAAUAAAGCCUAAGGAUUUUCAAAGAUCGGAAUCAGAAAAUUGGAGCAGUUCAGAACUACAAAUGAGUUCAAAUCUAGUUAUUUAACGUCAAAGACGCAACCCUUGCUGUCAAAGUUCUUCGACCUGUUAAUUAAUUUGA